CUCUUUUCUUCCCCACCCACCCUCCGCUGAAACUCUUCUAUAUUCUGCACCCCGCCAGGAGCGCCUUCACCAUUCCCCUCAGCGGCACCGGCAGCUCCUGGGCGAAACACUACCAAACGUCGUGACCUUUAGUCGCCCUCCAUCUCAGCGUGUAAAGGGCGCCCAAUUCAUAGAGUCUGCGGCCGUCUCGCCCACGAAUCCACUUUCCCAGUGAAGGCCCGUAACGUUGUCAGACGCCGUUACCGGCGCGUCGCGACUUCGCACCAUGGCCAACUCUAGGUACUCGCAACCACCAUACAGCCAGUGGUUCCCUCCGCCCGGCGUUCCCCUCACCCCGCCCGCCGCGCCUCCCAACCAGCAGUCUGGUCUCCAACACCAGUUUCCUUCGGGCCUCCCAGGCUUGAACUUCCAAGCAUAUAGCCAGAAUAUGCAACAGUCGCAUUAUGCGCCCUGGCCGGCUCCCCCAGCUCCUCAACUGAGUCCUUUCCCUGCCGUUUUUCCUCCCCCUUUCCCCGCCUCCGCUGGCUUCCCUAUUCCCCCACCACCAGUACCCGCCUCUACGAUACCUUACGCUGCACCACCGGCGCCUAGCGCACCACCGCAUCAGACUGAGGCUCCUCGAGCAGACGCAUCGGCUUGGGAUCCGCAGUCAUCAAUGAGCUUGAACGAUCGAGUAGCGGCUAUCGCUGAUAGUGACAAAGAAGAGGGGGAACUCAGCGAUGCGGAUGAUGCAUCCGCGAGGGCACGUAGAGUGGUGGAGCUGCCGCGAUCCGUCCCUGAGACCUCCAUCAAUAACUUCGGGAGCGUGGCUAAGUCCGUUGGCCGGGGUGUUAUGGCGAGCUCCAACACUCAAAACGGCUAUGGUCGCGGACUGCCCAACGAUCUCUGUACAAAGCGUGAAGAGGCCAAGCGUUUUGUAUCCAUACUCCAGGAGAACAAAAUCGAGUAUACUCAGCUUACUCGCGAAGGAUUGGAUGUUGAGUUGCUCCGACAACUAUAUGAUGACCUAGGUCUACCUAUCCAAGCGGAACCUUCGGCAGCUGAGCUUGCGACUGUCAACCCACCCACCACUCCAAAUCUUCCCGUGGAGCCAUCCAGCCAUCUCAUUUCUUCUGUGCCAACUGAGCAGGGCCCCGGCGAAAGCGUCAAGCCUGCGCCGGCAAUAACCACCAAUGCUCCACAGAUUUUGCCCGUCAAGGCAACGAAAUCACCGGCGGACCGUCAAGAAUAUAUUGCGCGCUUGCAAGCUUUGAAGUCGACUAAGCAAUCCAACGCCGGUAAAACCACUCCUGUACUGUCCUCGCCUGUGGAAGAGGGACAUGCGCCGGCAGAUCCUCAAUCCAACACAUCGAGACUACCCGUGUCGAAAGCAGCGCAAGUUACGGCUCCUACGACUGCCGUUUCGCUCCCGUCAUCCUCAAAUGCAAAGGACCAACCGCAGGUCAUGAAGAAAGUGGCAGGUACCAGUACCCCCAAGUCAGAAGCCGAAAAAGCUCGUCAGACCGAGUUGAUUAAGCAGAGACUCGAGAUGAUGCGAGCUCAGGGAAAGUUGCCGCCAUCUAACCCACCAACUCCCCAAGGAACUGACGCCACAGGGGGAAAUGCACCUGCAAAACCUAGCUCAACGGUUCCUGCAGCUUUGAAUGCCCCUAUCGCACGUGACUCCUCAGCCGCCGCUGCUGCCACGCUCCCUGGCCUUUUUAUGAAUUCUCCGGCUUUCUCGAAAGUGGGUCAACCGACAGGGACGGCACAAGUGGCUGCCGUACCUGGUAUCAAGUCCUCAGCUCGCAAGCGCCCAGUUGCCUCGGAUUUUGACAACGAGCAUCGUUCGCCUCCACAUCCAGGUCCACCUUAUACAAGACCUCUAGGCCAGUCUCCACACGAACAUCAUCAUGAAUCGAUGGUCAUCCCAAUAAGCGAUACCGAGAGUGACGGCAGUGACAUGGAGUUGGACGAUGAUCACACUGGCGCACAACCCGCUUCCCAGUCAAUUCAACCUCACGCCGCGAGAAAUGGAAUCAGGACUGUGUUACCAAAUGGAGGAAGUUCUGGUAAACAAUCCGCCGUACUGACGCCUCCUGCAUCGCGCACGCCCGCUGAAGCCACGUCGGAGGAGAUCUUGAAGAGGGAGCAGGCGAUCUUGAAACUGAAGGCAAAAAUCGCUGCACUAAGUUCUAAGAAGAAGACUGCGCAGGCUAAGAAGGACUCACUCGUUGCCUUGUCAGCCGCUGAAAGCUCUGGAAUCGAGACGAAAUCAAGUCAUAAUGGCAAUGCAACGAGCCACGCUGAACCCUCACAGCUUGUCGGAGUUGCCAUAGCAGCCCCAGAGCAACAAGCAGUAGUCCCUGACACAGUGAUUCCUGCCGUCACUGGUGGUGCCAACAGGUCAACUGAGUGGACAAAGCAACGUCGUAUCGAGAUUCAGUCUGCUUUACGAACUUUGGACAGCGACCUAGAGGUCGACAACACUCGACUUGCCCAGCUGGAGAAGCAAAUUGCCGAGCUACGAUCAAAGAGAGACAGGGAAAAGCGCGACAGAGAGAAGCUCCUGGAGGAAUUGGAAAGCUUUGGUAUAGACACCGAUGGUAUGGCCGAUGAAGAACUACAGGCGCGUAAAGCGGAGACGGGUGGUGAAAAGGAGGUGCAACCGGCAGCCCAAUCAAGACCCUCCUCCUCAACAUUGACGGAGGUUGUGCCCGUCACUGAGGUCGUCGCGUCAGGCGAGGUGCAAGGGAGGAGCCCACAGGAGGCGAUCCGUACUCCAGCAGAGUCGGUUUCUCCCGGGAUCUCGCCAACAAGCAACGUGCCCGGAUCUCUACCGUUACAAGCUGAUUCCAGGAUUAAGGAGGAUGUUGCCAUGGAUGACGCUGAAUCAACGCUCGGCGCUUCCCCAGCUGUCGAAAUCACCGCUUCUCAAGACCAUGUCUCACAGGGUCGCGUUGCCCCUUUGACCGUAGAAGUAGCGACCGACCAGAUUGAACCAGCCACCUCUAUUGACGAGGAGGAUUUCUACUCACCGGAACCAGCGGUUCACCCCGUCACCACUCCCACUAUGUCCACUCAGCACGAGUUCGAUUCCCGUUCCAGCGCCAAGUCGCCUUCUUCAGAAGGCGAAAUGGAAAUGUCGGAGGCCCCGGAAGGCGAGGAGGAAGAGUACGAACCUGAGCAAACUAUGAAAGCAGAGGCCGUUGCAACCUCAGCGAAUGAGGUCCCCAAAUCGAUGGGUCCCGGUGUGCUCCCUCACGCAACGUCGACGUUGCCUCCGACGGAGGACGAAGGGGAGGUAUACGAGCCCGCGUUAAGCCCAGCUCCGGCCGAUGAUUCUUCCAAUGGUCGAUUGGAAGCUCGCGCUGGUGCCGCUGAUGCAGUUGAUGGGAAGACGCGUGAUAUCCAUCCGCCCCUCGAUACUUCUGAGACCACUGGACAAGAGGCUGAGACAGACGACCACGACGGAAUGGACCUGUCAACUUCCUCAGAUGAAUCAGAUGACCCCUCGACAUCUCGUAAAAAGGUUCACCGCGGUUCGAUAUCACAUACCUAUGGGAGAGGUUCUGAUAUCGCUGUUGCUGACGAUCUAGCGCCCGAGUUACAAUCGCAGGGUCUCCCUGCAUUGGUCCAUGUCGAGAAACCGGUAUGUCAUCCACUGCUUGUCGUUCUAGGCUGACGACUGUAGGCCUCUCCACCCGAGGUCCCAGCUGGUAGGAUUUGGUUCACGCCAUAUGAGAGUCCUCUGCGCAUGUUCAAAUCAUAUCGCUAUCACCCCAAUUAUUCGCAAGACGUUGCUGGUGGCUUCCUGUCUCUCACUUACAGCCAUCAGAUUGACCCUGAGAAACCUCUGUGCAGAUUUGAAGCAGUGGGUGGCACCUGUAACGAUCCCCACUGCGACGGGCAGCAUUUCCGAGAGAUGAAAAUCAGUGGUACGUUGGUUUCAAAAAUUUGGGACUCGCA